AGUCUAGUGCAGUUUCGUUUUGUAAACAUGUCAAUUUUUUGCAUGCUGCAAAAAAUAUAUGCAUUUAGUUAGCUGUGAACUGAAAAUAUCUAUUCAAUUUUCUGACAGUUGUUAAACUUCGUUCGAACAAUUCAGUUCUGUUUGUAAAAAAUCAAAGGUUGUCUCGAUGAAUUUUUAAACCCUUUCAGAGACUUAAUAAAUGUUGGUAACAAAUGAUGUCGGUUAAAGAUCUGAGCCGUCCUUAGGAAUCAGUAUUCCCUCUAACAGCUUUGCUUUAUUUUUGUUUUUUAAAUUUAUUUUUUGUCGAAGAUCCUUUUUAAUACAAUAAAUGUACAUAAGUACGAAGUUCGGUGCAGCGUUUGAAGAAAAGUAGUUACUUUUUGGGUUGGUUGAAUUAUGUUGUUUUUUUAAAGCACAUUGAUAUGGAGAAGUGGUCAGUAGUUGGCUUGCUUCUAUGUGGCUUUUGCCUGGUUGCUCAUAUCCUUGGCUAUUUUAUUCCAACUGUGAAGUUUAUUUAUUAUUUCUGCUAUUAUUCUGGAAAAUCAUUAUUAUAUUUAACUGCAAUAACAGUUGCUAUCCUUGCAAGUUUAGACUCGCAAACAUACAUUCCAAGAAGGUUAAAGUUGGAACCUGUCAAAAACAUCGUAAAGAAAACAAAAGAACAUCUUUCUGACCUGAAGUAUUCUCCUGGAAAAGUUAAAAAUACACCUUUAGUAUCUCGAAAUGUUGAUGAUGUUAUUGAUGAGUUAAUUACCUUACUUCUUCGGGAUUACAUCACAUCUUGGCAUGGAUUUUUGGUGCAACAUCCAAGUCUUUUUUCAAAACGGCUAAAAGACCCUAUUAGAGAAAUGCUGUUUACAUUUAGAAAUAGGUGCCGCAAAAUUGAUGAUGUUAAAUUGUUUACCAGUGACAUUGUGGUCAUAGUAACUGAUCAUCUUCAACGUAUUAAAUACUCUGUUAUAAACCCAGCUGAGAAAAUACAACCUUACAAAGUGUACCAGUUCUUAUCAGAUAAAGAAUCUGAACUAGAGCAUUUGAGACUUCUUUGUGAGUUUCUACUAGUUACUUUAUUAGAGCCAGAACAUAGCCACAAUAAUGCUUUGCGAUGUCUUCUUCGUGAGAUUUUCGCUGUUGCAGUGUUUGAUCGUGUUAUAGAUUGGCUGUGUGAUCCAGAUUGGAUCAAUACAAAACUUAUUAACUAUUUAAAGCAUCAGCAACAGCAAGCUGAAAAGCACAGUCGAACUUAUGCAUAUGCUGAGACAUAUGAAGACUUUAUUAAAUUGAUUCAAGAGUGCACUACUGUUGAAGAUCUUCAGCGAAUGAGGUAUUACAUUGUCACGGAAAUCAUGCAAGCCACAACUAUGAGUAAUUUAAAAAGAUCUAGGGGCAUGGAUGCUGACAAAGAAUUCAAUCCUCAAAAGACAAAUAAAGGAGAUUUACUACAAGCCAGGAAUUUAUCUCGAUAUUUGAACCAGUUGAGGUUUGCCAAAAGCCAGUGUGAAAAACGUUUGCGAUCUGUGGGUGGUCCAGAUUACGUAUCCUCCCCUCGUGCUGGUGUUGAUACCCUCAUUAAAGAUAGUAGCUACAUACCUGGGCAGAAAGUUUUGUCCAUGUCUGUCAUCAUGCAAUCAAGUCUAUGUCGACGUCAUUUUUCUAAAUUUUUGCAGAAAGAAGAAGUCCAUUCUCUUUUAGGAUUUUGGGAAGCAGUUGAAGAUAUGAAACAUGCGGAUAAGGAAAUAUGGCACAAGUUGGGUAAUGAUAUUGUUCAGAUGUAUGUUCAUAACCAAACCAGUGGUGUGCGUCUGAAUAAGAAUACACUUAAAGGAAUUGAAGAAUUUAUGAUGGCCAACAAAGGCCCUGAAGCAUUUUUUCAAGCACAAGAAGAAAUUUACAAAGUUUUAGAAGAAAAAUUUUAUGCAUCUUUCAUUGUGAGCGAUAUAUAUCACAAAAUGCUUGGAGAUGUAGAAAAACAAGGCAUCGACUUUAUGCAAGAAUUACCUGAUGAUGUUGAAGAAGAAAUCGAUACACCUACAGAAGAUAUUCCAGUUGAAAAGUUGACUGAAACUUCUGACGUUUCUGUGUUUGAUCAUUCCAGUUAUGCUAGAUCUCAGUUAAAAAUUCUUACUGAAAAACUCAGUUACAAGAGACAAGCUUUGCAAGCAUUAAGAAAUAAUCCUAAAUGUGACAAAAAGGUCAUCGUAAUGAUGGAAAAAGAGAUUGUGGAUCUAGUUCAAGAGCAGCAUAUGCUGGAAAACCACAUAGAAAAAACAGAACUUUGGAUUGAAUACUUAGGAAUCUGGCAGGCGACCAUUAUAGAUGCAAUGGAGAAGAAGGAAAAUGACAAACUUGUUCCAUAUUUUGCUAUUCGAGUUCAUUUGGCUAGUGAUGCUGACAUAGUGCCAACAAAUAGAAUGGCUGGAUGGCUCGUAUCAAGAACGCUAAACUCAUUUCAUAGUCUUCAUCAGAAAUUAGUUCCUGCUGCAUCUUGGUUGAAAAAAAUCGAUUUGCCAACAAAACCGAGAUUCAAAAGUCUCGACAGAAAUUAUUUAGAAAAAGCCAAAGUUUCUUUACAGACUUUCCUUUCAGCUGUUACAAAAGAUGAUGGAUUAAAUAAAAGUGAAGCACUCUAUGAUUUCUUGAGUCCAAGUCCAGAAUAUAUGAAACAUCCCUCAGGGCCUCAGAAGAAACCAUUUAAAUUUAAUUUGUUGCAGUUCUUUAAGGGGGUUCAAAAUACAUUGGGUCAGUUUGAUGAAUCUGAAGAUGAUGAACUAUUGUUUUUGGAUGACUCUGACAGCAAAGAUGAUAAGAAAGAUUCGAUAGCAGAGCCAUUAUACACACUCAUUGGAGAAAUUUUUGAACUGAAAGGAGUUUUCAACUGGUUACGACGAACUUUAAUCAUAUUUGUUCAAAUAACCUAUGGUCAAACCAUCAACAGACAAUUGCGAGAAACAGUAUCAUGGAUUUUAUCUGAGCCAAUGUUGCUCUAUUACUUGCAGUUAUUUCGGGAUACUAUGUGGCCCAGUGGUCAGUUGGCGGAUCCUGCUGAAGAGAGAACCAAAGAGAAAAAACGAGAGGACCGUAUACUUGCUAAGCAAAUGUUUCUUAACAAUACUCCUGAAUUGUUAAACAAUCUUAUUGGACAGCAGAAUGCAAGGAAAGGAAUGUCAAAAAUAUUUGAAGCUCUUCAAAAUAAGACAUUCAACAAACAGUUGUUUUAUAGAAUUUUUGAAGCAUUCCUCUAUGAAUAUGCUCCAGAGUUGAAGAAAAAAGCAAUAUUCUAAAGAUAAAUGGACAAUGAUAAUAGAGCUUAUAUAUAUAUUUGUGAUAUACAUAGUUUUCUCCAAUUUCAUAUAUAUAUGUUUUAGAUAAAAUUUAUAUGAAUAAGUGUUUCAUGUUUGUUCAAAAUGUUAUUGUUUUAUAUAAGUGCAGUUGAUAAGCCAAAAUCAUAGCUAAAAAUAAAAUAUUACACC